UCCCAAGAAAAUUGCAUGCGUGAAUCACUAAAACAGUCCUUCCUAUAUUUCACCAUAAUAAAUAGGUUCUCGUGGGUUGAAUUUUGAUGCUGUCCAAUCGACCGAAUAUUGCAACGACACUUAAAGCUAAUGCACAAUAGAUUUGAGGUUAUUUUUUCACAACAUUGGAUUUGAGGUUAUUUUUUCACAACAAAAGCCGACAGGAUUAUGGAUAGCUGGGAGAUCAUGCCUUUUCCUUUCAAAUCACUGCCUCAGAGUGAGAUUCGAGGUCAGUGGAUGAGGUGGAAGAGAAAUUUUGACUAUGUUGUACGGGCCAGUGAUGAAAAGAACGAAACACAACUGAAGUUUUUUUCUCCUGGCAAAAGCAGGACCUGACGUUCAAGAGGUUUUUCAAGCUAUUCCAAAUGCGGACGUAGAAGAGGAUGAAGAAAAAGGCAUUGACCCGUACAAAGUGGCAUUAACGAAACUAGACGAAUUUUUCGCUCCCAAACACCAUGAAUCCAUGGAAAGGAAUAUUUUCUGGACGUUGAAACCCGAACCCGGAGAAAAUUUGGAAAAACUUAUGCUUAGAGCCCGAGAACAAGCGUAUAAGUGUAAUUUCGGAACAAAUCAACAGGAAAGUCGGGAUGUUUGCGUUAUUGAUAAGAUCACACUUCUGGCUCCGCAUGAUCUCAGAGAGAAAUUACUCCAGAAAGACCAACUCACUCUGGACGAUGUCUUUAAAAUCGUUGCUUCCCAUCAGUCAGUUAAAUACCAAGCAAGUCAGAUGGAACAAGCUGGGCCUUCUGAGCAGUCACAAACGAUGAUCACAGGAGAAGUCAAUCGAUUGUACACACCACCAUCAAACCGGGAUCAGGAAUGUUCUCGUUGUGGCCGAAGAGGACAUUUGGCCAAUGAUAAGAUUUGUCCAGCUUGUGAUAAACCAUGCAACCAGUGUAAGCGCAUUGGUCACUUUUACAAAAAGUGUAAAGCGUUCCAAGCGCGAUCGACAUAUCAUAUAUCAACAUCGCACAAACCUGUUAAGCCGACUUUCCAAAGGAUCAGAGCAGUACCAGUGGAUGGACAAGGACUCUCAGAAGAAACUAAGAAGGACGAUGAAGAGUUGCAGAGUUUUAUCUUUUCGAUUGGUGACGGUGACGAGUUCAUUUGGCUUAAAGUUGGUGGAGUAAUGAUGCAAGCACUCAUCGAUUCCGGUUGCAACAAGGAUAUAAUCGACGACGUCACAUGGGACAGGCUGAAAUUACAAGGCAUCGCCAUUCAAAAUGCGACGAAGCAGGUGGACCACAAGUUCCGUGGAUACGGAAAGGAUUGUAAGCCAAUGGAUGUAGUGGGUAUGUUCGAUGCAACGGUCGCAGUUAAUGGAGUCGAUCAUCAGACCAAUGGAGAAGCACGGUUUUACGUAAUCAAGGGCGGGAAUCAACCCCUCCUUGGUAAAGAGACAGCACGAGAACUGAACGUGCUGAGAUUGAGACCUCCGAUUCUGGAGAAUGGAGUAUUCAAGCUCGCCACCCAGAAGUGCUCGUGGAAUCAUAUCGUUGGAAUGAAAAACCCUGCGGAUUGCAUUUCACUAGGAAUCUCCGUCGACACUGUCAUCGACUACGAUCUCUGGUGGCAGGGAUCUGAACGGUUUCGACAACGCCUAGAAAACCAUCUAAUCUCUACAAAUACAUCCGAUCAACCGUACCUGCACGUCGACCGUAGCUGUCCCAUCCAUGUUACAAAAACUAUCUUAUUCAUUGAAAGUGCUCAUUGUACCUGCUGGAAACAAACGUUGAGUUCUUAA